UUUUUUGUAUAUAAGCAAGCAAGCACUAGUAGUAGCAUCUUACCUCCUCCUCGGCUGCAAAAGUGGGCUGGAAAAAUAGAAAAGGAUGAUCCACUGUCUUCUCACUUUCCACCCCACUCAAUUUCCCAAUCCUUUGUAAUUAUAGUGAGAGAUCUAUAUCUAUCUAUGAAUCUAUGAAGAAGAGACCAAAAUCUAAAAAUGAUGUAAAACAAGCCCAUCUCUCCUCAACAACAACCACAACCAUGACAGAAACAGAUCCACCGAAGAAGCAAGUCCGAAGAAGGCUUCAGACAAGAAAACCUUAUCAAGAAAACCUGCUCAACAUGGCCGAAGCCCGCCGCGAAAUCGUGGCCGCCCUCAAACUCCACCGCGCCUCCAUGAAACACCAACAGGCGCAAGCCAGAAUUUGCGAUUUUGCACCGAAGCAAAACCCGCCUUAUGAGUGUUGUUCCUAUCCGGCCCCCCCGCCGCCUAUGGGAGAUUUUGAGGGUCUUGAUUUUGCUCUGCCAAGGCAGGCGCUGGGGCUGAAUCUGAACCUGCAUGACCUCAUCACCGCGCCUUGUUCGGUUUACUCGCCUCCUCCUCCUCCUCCUCCCCAAUUGCUGGAGAAGCCGGAUGGCUUUGAGUUCUUGGAAAUCGGAGGAGAGGAGGAGAGGGAAGAGGAAGUUGUGGAAUUUCCGGCGUGGCUGAUUGCGAAUGAGAGCUGUUUGGAGCUGCACCAUCUUCAUCACCCUGAUUUCCUUCAGGCCUCUGUUUUGCCAUGCAUGGAGAUCGAGGAAAUUGAAGGAAUGGAUGGAGAUUGGUUGGCUUGAGAAUGUUUUGAUUGUGUUUCUUUUUUUUCGCAUGAUCAAAUAUAUAUGCGUGCUCAAUAUUAAUGUGGGCGCUAGGAAUUUUUUGAAUUUAAGUUUACAAACUAAGUCUCUCUAUUAUAUAUAAUUAUAAACGUUGUUCUCA